GUGAAAUCCACAGUCUCUGAACACAAAUCAACUAACACAACCCAGAAAAAGCAAAGACGGAGGUGGUUCUCUUUCUAUCAGCGUUGAUGAAGAUAUUAGAGAUGGCACAUACGACAGUGCCACUUCUAUUGAUGCUUUUUCUAUGUACUCUAUCCAGCAACUCAUCAUUCCAGCCUGCUCUAGUAUUAGAAAUGGCCAAGAUUCUUUUGGAAAACUACUGCUUCCCUGAGAACCUGGUUGGGAUGCAAGAGGCCAUCCAACAAGCUAUCAACAGUGGAGAAAUCCUACAGAUUUCAGAUAGGAAGACCCUGGCAACUGUGCUCACAGCUGGAGUACAAGGCGCACUGAAUGAUCCUCGGUUGACCAUUUCCUAUGAGCCUAAUUUUGUCCCAGUGAUGCCACCAACUCUGUCAUCUCUUCCAAAAGAACAGCUGAUCCAGCUGGUGAAAAACUCUGUCAAGGCGGAUAUCUUGGAAAACAAUGUUGGCUAUCUACGGAUAGAUCGGAUCAUUGGGGAGGAAACAGCAGUAAAGUUUGGCUCGCAGCUCAUGGGAAAUAUCUGGGAUAAUAUUGCUCACACAUCCUCACUAAUCUUUGACCUAAGGUACAGCACAGCUGGAGAGCUCUCUGGAGUUCCUUUUAUUAUCUCCUAUUUCUCAGACCCUGAAUCCGUUAUUCAUAUUGACACUGUAUAUGACAGGCCUUCAAAUUCAACCAGGGAGCUAUGGACCAUCCCAUCUAUAGUGGGGGAAAGGUAUGGAAAGAAAAAAGAUGUCAUGCUUUUGACCAGUAGACGCACAACGGGGGCUGCUGAGGCAGUGGCGUAUGCUCUAAAAAACCUAAGGAGGGCCAUCACAGUUGGAGAAAAGUCUGCUGGUGGGUCGGUGAAAGUCCAAAAAAUUAGGAUUGCUCAGUCGAAGUUCUACAUAACAGUUCCUGUGGCAAGAUCUGUCAGCCCAAUUACAGGUCAGAGCUGGGAGGUCACUGGUGUUUCUCCAAAUGUCCACAUCAUUGCCAAGGAAGCUGUUGCAAAAGCCAAAUCACUUCUGGCUAUAAGGAAUUCUAUUCCAAAAGUUGUCCAAAGAAUCUCUGACAAAAUCGACCGGUUCUACACAUUUGCUGAAAGAGUUCCAGCUCUUCUUCAACUCUUGGAAUCUACAGACUUCGUGUCUGUCGUAUCUGAAGAGGGUCUAGCAAUCAGACUCAACCAAGUGCUCCAGACUGUGUCUGAAGAUCCCAGACUGACAAUCAAAUACAUGCCAGAAUAUGCAGCCAACGUAGAGGAAGGCCAUGAACAUGACAAAGUUCCAGACGAUCCUGGACUAUUAACGGAAUACAUUGAUACAUUGCUCAAAGUGGAAAUUCUCCCAGGCAACACUGGUUAUGUCCGCUUUGACAAGUUUGUCAAGUCAUCUGCUAAAUUAGAAGAGGUCAUGGCUAAAAAGGUAUGGGUACCCCUCAAAGAUACUGCUAACUUGAUUAUUGAUUUGCGCUAUAACACCGGUGGAUCCUCUACCUCUCUAGCCAUUAUUUUGUCUUAUCUACAGGACACUUCACAGAAGCAACACUUUUUUACAAUAUAUGACCGAAUUCAGAAUAGUACAACAGAACACAACACUUUGCCUAAAAUUACAGGACCAGCGUACGGCUCAAAGCGGGAGAUUUACGUGUUAACCAGUUAUUACACAGCAAGUGUUGGCGAAGAGUUCGCUUAUCUGAUACAGUCAUUACAUCGUGGCACAGUCAUUGGGGAAAUUACAUCUGGUACCCUGAUGCACUCAAAGACCUUUAAAAUAGAGGGGACCAAUAUUGCCAUCACUGUUCCUUUCAUAAACUUUAUCGACAACAAUGGAGAAUUCUGGCUGGGAGGUGGGGUGGUACCUGAUGCCAUUGUGCUUGCUGAAGAAGCAGUGGACCAUGUUCAUGAGAUUGCUGAAUUUCACAAAGGACUAAAUUCCCUUAUACAAGGAGCUGGAGAUUUGUUAGAAGAUCACUACGCAAUCCAUGAAGUCGCGCUAAAGGUUAGCAAGGUGCUGGUAAGUAAAUGGGCUGACGGAUUAUACCGCUCGGUGGUUGACUUUGAGUCUUUGGCAUCACAGCUGACAGCAGAUCUCCAAGAGACUUCAGCUGAUCACCGACUGCAUGUUUUCCACUGUGAGGUUGAGCCUGAGUCACUUCAUGAACUCCCAAAGAUUCCUACAGGAGAGGAAGUGGGCUAUAUAAUUGAUGCUCUUUUUAAAAUUGAGCUUCUACCAGGUAACAUUGGCUAUUUAAGGUUUGAUAUGAUGGCAGACAUAGAAGUGGUAAAAGCCAUCGGGCCGCAUCUCAUAAAAUCUGUUUGGAGUAAGAUAAUAAAUACAGAUGCCCUCAUAAUUGAUAUGAGGUACAACAGUGGUGGUUAUUCAACCGCGAUUCCACUUUUGUGUAGCUAUUUCUUUGAUGCAGAACCUUUACACCAUCUUUACUCUGUUUUUGACCGAAUAACAACCACAAUGACAGAAGUCAUGACAAUUCCACAGGUGAGGGGUCAAAGAUACGGAUCCUCCAAGGAACUAUUCAUCUUGACCAGUCAUAUGACUGGGUCAGCAGCCGAAGUAUUCACUCGCACAAUGAAGGACCUAAAUCGGGCCACAAUUGUUGGCGAGCCAACAACUGGUGGGUCUUUAUCAAGUAGAACCUAUCAGAUCAGAGACACUGUCCUGUAUGCCUCCAUUCCUAACCAAGCUGUUUUUAGUGCCAUCACUGGAAAAAUGUGGAGCUUUUCGGGGGUUGAGCCCCAUAUUGCUGUCCAGGCAAAUGAAGCUCUAUAUGUAGCUCAGAAAAUUCUAGAGUCAAGGUUGCUGAAGAGAGUGCAAGGUAAACAAUAAAAAUACAACUAAAAUGACUAGUUAAUUAGUUUGUCUGCUUAGGCACCACUUUAAUGUAAAUGUGUGUGUUGUUGUGUUCCAUGUGUAGCAUGUGUGGCCUUGUAAUUAGAUGUUUUGUUUUGUUUUUUAUUUAAUUUCUUUGGCAUUGUACAGCAAAGUGCAGGGAUGGCUCAAUAGGUAGAGUGUUUGCCCCAUGCGCGCAAGGUUGUAGGUUCAAAUCCACCAAAUGGUCUCCACACACUGCUCCUCGGUUGCUAGAGUAGUAGCUACCCACUGCUUCACUGAAUGAAUGGGCAUGCUCACUCACUAAGCUAAACUGGCACCUAAAGUAAUUUUAUUUUAAGUCAUGGGUGUCAAACUCAUUUUAGUCAAUGGGUACUUUCCUCAGAUUGAUUUUAGAUCCAAAAUUGUGGGUCAACUCAAGGAAGACAGUGGUUUUAGAGAAUCUUGAAACUCAUGGGGACCUUGAUACUUUCAAAAGAACUGUCUGUGUUCCCAGUACUUUUCCCUAGGUUCCCACAGAGGCAGGCACCUGUUGGUCUUUAAAGCAGUCAAUAAGUAAAACAGCAUAGGAGUGAUCUUAUAUGCUGCACAAAAGGAUCAGAGAUCAUUCAGAGGUCAGGUCUUGCAAGAACAGGGGUAAAGGGGUAAAGAAACAAGUAUAUGCUGGGAAUCUUCACAUUUAGCACACCAUUCAUUUACAAAACUGAUGAACAGAUUUGUCUGAGUUUCUCAACAUUUCUUCUGCUCACUUUUAUUACAUGCAUUGAAAAUCACUGGAUUUUUAAAGACCCAGCCCUCAAAAUAAUAUUACAGUACACUACAAUAAUUGUUAAACUUUCUCUGUUUUUACUCUUUCCAUACAUUUUCACUCCUGUUCAGUUAAGCUUGCUUAAUCACAAGAAGAUUUUAUUUAAAAAUUAGAAACUUUAAUUAAGUCUCUGUUGUUUUCACAAUUGAUAUUGCAAAGAUAUUCAGUGGGACAGAGUUGACCAAAUGGCAUGUUUGACACCUUGAUUUAAAGGCAGUGUUUUUUAGUAGUUUAACAAAGAAGGUCUUCUAUUAUACCAAACUGUCAUCAGUUGUUGGUUUGUUUUAUAUUUUUUUGGCAUUAGGCUUCACGUAAUCUAGUCUUUUUACUUUUUUCGAAGGCCUUUCUACAGGAACUCAACUUCACUUCAAUAUGAAAUUUUAAGCUCCAAGAGCACUUGCUUGUUAUUCCAUUUAGAGAGACUUUGAGUAACUAAGUAGCACGAAUUAGUAUUUGAUCUUAUUACAGAAGGGAAUGUAUAAGCUGUGGACAUUUUAACUGUGAAAAGCAUGUGAUAGCUGAUGAUUCCUUUACAAUACAUUUCCCCCAUUUAAGUGUGAAUAUUGUGUAAGUAAAACAACUUCCAGUUAUUCAUAAUAUAGGAAAGGUUUUUGUAUUUUUUCUUUCUUCUUUACUUGUUUUUCUCUGUGUUACUCUUUAAAAUGAUCACAUUUUAAAUUAUAUGUAAAAUAAUGUGGAUAUUCUUUCGACCAUGUCACGUGAAAUCCCUGUUUGUUUUUUGUUUGAGUUUGCCCACUGGUUUUAGUGUACUUUUGCUUAUUGUACUGUAACAAUGCUCUAUUUUUUUUUUUUGUUUUUUGUUUUGGUCUUUAACAAAAGAACAGUCCAGCAGAGGGAGCAAGUACCAAGCAAACAAACCUAAACUAGAUCUCCCUCUUCAGUUUUCAUUUGUGAUGCUUUGCUGUUAAAUGUGUAUAAUUUCUAAAAAAUAAUAAAGACUUAGGUGUUUCUCAGUUAUUGAUGGAACAUUAUUG